GGGGGGAUGAUGAUACAUGAUAAAGGAAGGACAUAGGAGAAGGAGGAGAACGAGGGCACGAAGACCAAAGAACCACAAAACAACAAAACACCAAAAUCGAAAAAUCGAAAAAACCAGUAAACCACAAAGCCCAACAAACCCAGAAGAAAACCCAGAAGAAAUCCAAAACCACCCAAAACCACCCAGAAGAAAUCCAGAAGAAACCCAAAAAAACCCAAAAAAACCCAGAAGAAACGCAAAAACCCAAAAAGAGGAGGGAAAAAAACAUAGACGGAGACAGAAGACAGAGACAAGAGCCAGACCCAGUAACCAAAUCACAAAACCAAAUCACAAAACCAAAUCACACAACC